UAAGUUAUAGUAGGAAGCAACUGCUGCCUAGAGAAGAGGGAGAUUGGAGCUAUUGGCUUUGAGUCCUUCCGGGGUAGUACCGGCGCCAGAGAUUGCUUGUAUUGGAUGCUACUCUAUGGUACUCCAGUCUUCGGCACCGCUCAAGACGACUAUAUCCAGUGGUAUUCGUCAAAUGCGAGGUCCUAUAGGCGAAUACCACCUCCGAUCAAUCCAGUCGCGCUGUUUGCCUCCAUUUUCGCAAAUCAAGGUUUUCGGACGGAUGUUUUGAACACCCGUCUCACAAUUAGGAUGCACAGGACCCCUGUGAGCGCAUUUAUAAAAUUUUCUCCCUACCCUCCAGCAACGGUUUUUCGACUCUCAGCCUACUUUUUACACAUCUGGCCAAUCAACAACCCGUUUUUAUUCUCGCUAGGUGUCUUGAUCGAUUGCCAUCGACGAAGCUUAACGCCAUGGACCCUAGUGAUUCCUCGGCACCUGUCUCGGUUCCCGAGAAGGAUGAUCAGCCUGCUGACCCAACCCCGCAACCAACUGGGCAACACGAUUUUCCCGAAGGUGGCGCGCGAGCAUGGGGGGUGGCAUCCGGUGCAUCUCUCGUCUCGUUUUGCACUUUAGGUUAUGUCACCUCUUUUGGGGUGUUCCAGACGUAUUAUAUCCAACAUCAACUCAGUGACGAGAGCCCGUCUACUAUCGCUUGGAUCGGAUCAUUACAAUUUUUCUUCAUUUUUUCCGCCGGGUUGGUAGCUGGACCUUUGUUUGACCGUCAUGGCGCCAAGAUACUGUUUCCUGCCUGUAUUAUUUACGUGGCAUCUGUCAUGUUAACCAGCAUCUCAUCACAAUACUGGCAUUUUAUUCUGGCACAAGGCAUCCUCGGAGGGGUUUCCAGCGGUAUGGUUCUCAACCCCGCCUUCGCCGCAGCGCCGCAAUACUUCUUCCGAAAACGUGGCGCCGCUAUGGGUUUAGUCGUCGCCGGUUCUUCAGUUGGUGGUGUGAUCUUCCCGCUGGCUUUACCACGCUUAUUCGAUAUCUCGAAGUUGGGCUUUGGAUGGGCAGUACGGAUCAUUGGGUUUAUCAUUCUAGCCCUCCUCGCACUCUCAUGCAUAGCAAUCAAGGAGCGCUUACCUCCUCGGAAAAACAAGUUCUUCCUCCCGAGAGCGCUCACAGAGGUCACGUAUGCACUUGUUAUUGCUUCCGGGUUUGUUAUUAAUUUGGGUAUAUUCACCCCAUACUUCUUCCUCCCAGAAUACGCCCUCAGUCGUGGGGUAGAUCCCCUAUUCUCAAACUACCUUGUAGCAAUCCUGAAUGGAUCAUCAUUCUUCGGUCGUCUCAUACUGGGGACCCUAUCAGACCGAGCUGGUCGACUGAACAUAUUCGCUACCGCUGCUGUUAUCUCAUCCAUACUGUUAUUUGUUUGGACACAUGCUACCACUAAAGGCGCCAUUAUAACCUUUACAGUAUUCUAUGGCUUCUUCUCAGGGGGCACUUCGUCUUGCUUUUCAACUAGCCUUGCCUCUGCUGCCAGCAACCCCUCAAAUACUGGUACUUAUAUCGGCCAGGGCUCGGCUAUCGGAGCUCUGGCUAGUCUCAUCGGUCCUCCAGUCAAUGGUGCGUUUCUCGCCAGGUACGGGAGAUUCGAUCAGUUAGCCAUUUUCAGUGCUGUGGCUUGUCUCAUAGGAACGGUCACUAUCCUAACGGCAAAAACCACAACAAAGGCUGGGCUUAAGGGGGUUGUGUAGAUUAGCUGAACUGAGGAGAGAUCAGAGGCAAAGCCAAUAGAUCUACUAUAAGCCAACAAUCCAAUAACUAUAUAAAUUACCUACAUAACGCUUUAAGGGCGGAGCAGACAUUGCUUAAAAACAAUAUACUCCAU